UUAUAAGCCGGUGUGUUUACCCGACCGUGAUUUUGCCAAGAACGCGCAAUAAACAAACAGAAAAUAAAGAAGAAGAAUGUUGAAAAUGGAGAAAUACGAUGCCAACAGAAAUCUGUAGUACAAAUUGUUUUCAUAAAAUUUAGACUGCAUCCAAUUUGUCAUGGAUAUAUUUGAAAAUAUAUGUCGCACUUGCGGCAACGACUGCCUGGACGCAAUGAACAUAUUCGUGGACGGGGUGACGGUGCUGGAAAAGAGCGUUCCAAUAUCGGAACUUUUAUCCACAUGUAUGCCCACGUCCGCGACGCUGCCAGCACUGAGCAAGAAUGAUGACUAUCCCAAGCAGAUAUGCCGUGUCUGUAUCAAAAAACUGAUUAUGAUAUACGAAUUCAACAACAAAUGGAUAACGGCAAACAAUGAGUUCAACGUGGCGCUAAAGUUUGAACAGCGCCGCAAUCGUUCCCGACUUUCACAGCCAAUGCCGAUGACGACACUGGGCGAGCAGAUACCAAUUAAAUGUACAGUAACGACUGUGGAUGCAAACGUUGACUCCAUUGCAGCAGACACCGCUGGUAUUAAGGCGGAAAAUAUUGUGUUCAAGCACGAGCCACAUGAGGGUACGGAGAUCGGGACACUGAUCAAUACAACUGAUAUGGACCACGAUCUUGCCACAAAGAACAAUGAGGCAAUUUCGCAGACAAUCAAUUACCAGUGCGCUUUAUGUGAUGAGUGCUAUCACACGCUUGCGGCCUACCAGAAGCAUCAUAAAGUCAGUCACCGCAACUCUCAAUUCUUAUACUAUACGCCAGGACAAUAGAGCUCAGUUAUAUACACUUGA